CGAGGUGGUUGUGGGGUGAGGGAGCGGAAGCAGGGAUGGGGCUGGCGAGGUCCGGGGUGUGGGUCCGAGUGGUGCUGCUGCUGGUGCGGCGCUGUGCUGUGCGGUCCGGUGCUGUGGGUCACGCGCGAGGGUGUGCAGCUGCUUGGGGACUGCUGGCUGGGGCGGCUGGGCGGCAGAGGGGCGGACGUGCAGGGUCAUGUGCAGGGAGUGCGGGCGAUGCAGGGAGACAGGGAGACAGGGUGCUGGCCGGGGUGGCAGUGGCGGUCGCAGGAUGGGGCAGCAGAGCGCCCACUGGAGCAGGGUGUGUCGUACUGGGGGGGGAGGGGGCGGGGCGCAGAGGGGCGCCACCCCCGGGUGUGCUGUGACUCGGAGGGAGUGCUGCCAUCUGCCACCUCAUGCGGGUGGAGCUGUAUGGGAAGAUAGCGGGAUGCGGGAUAGGAGCAGGCGGCUGGCAUCAUGCAUGAAGAGUUGAAGAGUAGCCCACAUGUUGUCACUGGCUGAAUGGGACUGCUGCACCACCUGUUACGCAGCUGCAGCGCUUUCGCCAUUGUGUGGUUGUUGCGGGGAGGCCCGCUGCGCUGGGCUGGUUGUCCUCGUUGUGUACGGCCAUGUGGAGCAGCAGCAGUACGACCUUUCGUUGCGGUAUCGUUGAUCGGGUGGUUGUUGUUACUGGCGGUGUGGCGUGUGGGUGGUUGCGGGGAUGAGGCGGGGCCACCUGCUGGACUGCGGGCCUGCCGUACACUGCGUCCCGCCAUAUGUGGCUGGCUGGCUGCCUGAAUGGAUGGCUGGAUGGCCGCUGUUGCUUGGCCGUUACAUAGCAAUGGCACAUUGCUUUCUGGAGUCCGGGCAGGGAGGCGGGGCAAGGCCGGGGGUACAGGGAUGACCCGCGGUUCGAAAGGAUGACUCAGCACGCUUGUCGGUGAGCUGUUUCGUGGUUAAGAGGUUAACCCCAAUCUAGUGAGCAGCGGAGACAGUAAAGCACAUUGAGGCCGUCAAAGCUUGGGAGUGGUGGCGCCGGGAGGUGACUUGCACGCAGCGGUUGGCGAUCAGCCCAGCUCUCAGUCUUGCCAGAGGAACCGACAGUGCUAAGCCUCCUGGACGCCAAUUCGCGCAUUGAGUUCAUAGAUCUUGGCUACUCACUAAUGCUGACAUACCACAAUGCUUUAAACACCAACCCUAGCAAACGCGCUACUUCACAUUUCGCGGCCCAGCAACCGACCAAGUAUCGGAAGCAGCAGCAUCCACGCGCCCAGAUGGCGCAGCCCCAGCAGCAGCAGCAGCAGCACCCAAAGGCGCUGAUCAAUCAGUUCUAUCAGCGCGCCAAAGCGGAGCCUCCGCGUUACGAUGUCGAGGCAGCGCCCUUGGACGACCAACCGACCCGCUUCGUGUGCACGCUCACGCUACCGGCAGUCACGUAUGAGGGCGAGACGUUAGCUGAACAGAUAUUUCAGGAGGAAGGACGCAGCAAGAAGGCCGCAAUGGACGCUGCCGCCUCCGUCGCGCUGCGCUUCCUGUCCGACCAGCCGCUGUACGGCAGCAGUCGGCCGUACGAGGAGUCCCUGCUGCGCACGCUGGCCACCCGGGUGCUCAGCCCCAAUGGCCUGUUCCGCGACCCCGAGGUGCACGGUGCUGCAGUGGCCGCAGUGGCCUUCCACGGCGGCUGGCUGCCGCUGACGGCGCUGGCACACAGCCGCCUGCUGCGGGGCUGGGCCAAGGAGUACGGCAGCUCGCAGUACGGCGCCGACGUGGCGGCCGACCCGGCGGCGCUGGUGGAGAUGGUGCGGCGGGAGCUGGCGGCGCAGGCGGCGGCGGCGGUGGAGCCGGCGGAGGCGGCGGCGGAGGCGAUGGAGGGGGCGAUGGCGGAGGCGGGGCAGCCGCAGGACCCCGGGCUGGCCGCUGCCCGGGCGGAGGCGGCCGCCGCCAGCGCCGCCGCCGCCGCCGCACUGGGUUUGUCGCUGGGCGCCGAGGGACUGAGUGUGCGGCUGCCGCCCGAGUCGGCCGCCGCCUCGCCGCCCGCCGCCCUGGCCGAGCAGCUGGCGGAGGAGGUGGUGGCGGCGGGCGGGGUGGCCACUCUGGUGGUCAUACCGGCGGACAGCAGCCUGCCCCUGCGCGAGGAGUGUGUCCCCGCCCGCGGCAGCCUGCUGGUCCGUGUUGCCGAGCUGCUGGCCUGCCCCUCGCACUGCCACGUGCUGCAGUGGGGCAGGGUGGGG